UUUUGUAUUUCCGAACACUUGCGGAAGAUGUGGUUGGCAGAUGACUGUGUUUUCGUAAAAUGCCAUGAUGUUGUUGCCAUGAGAGAUGCUGCUCUUUUUUUAUUUUAAGAUUGAGUCAUUUUACCACUGUAGCACAGCACACCUGCAGAAAGCCAUAACAUGAUCUCACUCUUAACAACAGACACUUCAACGGCGUCCUUUUAUUGAAGGUGAUGCAUCAUAGGUGGUAAUUACAGUCACCGCUGACAGCACCGAUGAAUAACGGCCACGACGGCUUCUUCGUCUAUAAAACCUUCCGAUGGCCGAGCUGCGGUAUUUACUGCAGGCGCACACAAGGCGACUUUGCUAGUAACCGAACAACGCGGCAUUUCUGAUCAAAAGGUAAGCUGGAACGAUUCGUUUUACAAUUUGCCUUUUGAUCACUGUAUCGAGUGACUUUACUGCCAAACUCUGAGGCAGCUCUGAUGCUAAUUACUCUCGUUCCUAACUCGGUGCUGGCAAACGCAUCCGUGGGCCGUUUUUGAAGAGACCGCAGACAGUGUGGGCCGUCGCUCUGCUUCUUUGUCUUGGAAAUGUUCUCAUUAGCAGCGAGGCCAACGAUCAGGAUUCCCAGCCAGCCGCUGAUGCACAACUCUCUGGGAUGGACAAGUACAGAUCCAACAUCUCUGCGAGGCCCCUGCCUAUGUGCGCCCGCUCGGCAGAAAUCCCGGAUAGCUUCAAGUAUCUCUUGACAGCAGUUGCCGUAGUGAUUUUUAUGCUGGGACUUGUGGGAAAUUCCAUACUCCUGAUGAUCAUUCAUAGCAACAAAUGCAUGAGGAGCGGGGCUGACGUCCUGAUUGCAAGUCUGGCUUUAGGAGACCUCCUCCACAUUGUGGUAGACGUCCCAGUCAACACCUACAGGCUCACGGCAAAAGAUUGGCCCUUUGGUUCUGUGCUGUGCAAGCUCGUACCCUUCAUGCAGAAAACUUCAGUUGGCGUUAUCGUGUUUCUGUGUUCUCUGAGUGUUGACAGGUACCUCGCCAUCGUAUCUCGGCAACGCCUCAAAGGAACCCGAAUGUGCGUUUGGACGUCUCUCAUAUGGCUCGUCUCCAUUAUGCUGGCCAUACCUGAACUUGUUGGCUUCAGCAUGAUAAAUGCCGACUACAAAGAGCGACAUCUGAGGAUUUGUCUGCUCCAUCCGGUGCAGACCACAGCAUUUAUGCAGUCGUAUAAAGUUGUUAAGCACUGGUGGCUCUUCAGCUUCUACUUCUGCAUGCCCCUGGCUUGGGCUGUCAUCUUCUAUGUGCUAACCGCCUGGACUGUGCUGAAGAACAAAGACAAAACAAAGCAAGGAGAAUCAAAGAGUCUAUUCUACUUGGUGCUUGUGUUUGCUGUCUGUUGGUGUCCACUCCACCUCAGCAAAAUCUUGAUGGCAACCGUAUACGAUGUAAACGAUCCAAACAGGUGAAAUGUCUUUCUUGUGCUGGAUUACGUUGGCAUCAACCUGGCGUCCCUCAACUCGUGCAUCAACCCCGUGGCCUUGUACUUUGGAAGCGAAAGAUUUAAAACCUGUUUCAAGGUGUGCCUUUGCAGUCGGCAUCCGCCUCUGGACAAAGUUCCUUGUGAUGACCGGCGCAAUAAACUGUCAGAUCAAACCUGUAAGCAGAGAGACUGCUUGCCUGGCUGAGAGGACACCUACCUGGGGCAACAACUCAGAUAAGACACUCCAAGUAAACACUGUAUUUACUCUCAUGCUCCUUUAAGAAUACAGUAAUAAUUAAAUAAUAUUUUACAGUGUGGUUGCAACGCUAUCGGUCACUGCCUGGGUCAUCUUGAUACCAUCAGAGACCAUUAAAAUUUGUUAAGGUCCAAGUUGGACAAUAAAGUCAAUAUUUAUUACAAGAAUACAAGUGAACUAUGUAAAAAGAUUUGUAAAUGUUUGCAACUGCUAAAUUAAAAAUGUGAAAAAUAUCUUCAAUUUAGAAAAAAAGGAAACAUUUGAAAGAAUGGUUGUAAUAAUGUAAGAAAAAUAAAUUUUCAUAUGACAAGAAUCAAAUUGUUAUGAAGAAAGAAUGGUUCGAAUUUUUAAAAUUUACUGUAUCUAAUCUUGUUUUUGUGAUUAAAAACAUAAGACCGAGGUAAAUCAUUUCAAGUUUUUCCUCACCAUGAAUGUGAACCAUACUGUACAUUUGGGAAAAAAAAAAUAUAUUUUAAUGAGGGGAGGGGAAAAAAAUGACAGAAAUAAUGUGGUUGCACAAGU